GAAUGUAACAUGCGCCUACCUCUGUCAGCCACAUUGUCGAUAGUCGCAUUGUUUAGGCGGCCUCGUUUGUAUCGUAAAGGAAAUACGUGUUCGUUAUUCUUAUGUGGAUAAAUGAUAAAUAAUAUUAAUAAAAAAGAUUCGGACAUCAAAGUUGGUUAACAACACUUUUACAAUGGCUGGCAUUAUGCCGCUGUCAGGAAGACCCGGUAGAAAACAAUGGACGUUACACGGUGGUAAUUACUGUUCCAAAGAAGUAAUGGAACACGCGGUUCUCUUAGACGAUUACGAUCUCAAAUGGCAGAGGAUGGAUGUCCAGAAUCUCAAGUAGUUUUAGCCAAACAACUUUUGGAAGAAAGAUGUGAUUUGGAAGUUGAUAAAGAAGAAAAUGCAAAAUUGGGCGUUUAUUGGUUAACUAAAGCCUCGGAACAAGGAAAUUUAGAGGCAACGGAAAUUCUUAAACAAUGUUUAGCUACAGGUCGUGGGAUCACAGAACAUAAUUACUACGAUGUUAAAAAUUGUUUGGAUAUGACACAAGAUGAAAAACUAGCUAAAAAAGCUGCAAGGGAAAUGUUUACUAGUUUAUCAAACGGUGAGGAUUUUAUUACAACGGAACAACUACAAAGAUGUAUGAGGGAUGUAACGUCUCCAUCUAGUAGUAGAUUCGUUAAUUGUCAGUCACCUAAGUCAUCAUCCAGUGCUUCAGACGAGAAGCUAAAUGAUGUUUUAAGUAAUAAGUUUAGUCGAAAUGGGCUUCCUGAAGAUAAUACAUCUAUAAAAGAGGAAAGUAAAAUACACAACGUAACUUAUGACUGGAUGGGUCAUCAAAGCGAAAAAAUAACUGAAGCAGCUUUAGUAUCUGCAGCUACAAGCUAUGCUCAUGGAAUGCUCCCAAUGGUUUCUCGUACAUUGUGUAUGGUAGACUCACCUGAAAUGGAAUUAGCUACUAUUCCUCUUUUACAAAGACCAUUCAUUCAUCCGUUAGCAUCCUUAAAGUAUUUCUAUAUUUGGUUAAUAGAGAUAAUAGGCCAUAAGAGUAGACCGAUUAUAAAAAUUCUUUUCACAUCAAACAUACAUAUACUUUUAUUACUUUUGUUGUAUUCCUUGUUUGGAACAGAAAGUUUAAUACUUUUCAUUCCAAUGGCGCUCUAUUAUUUGUCUUUUAUUGUAAUGGUUAUUUCUACCUUCCAGAUGUUACACAGAAAGCAUAAAUUGAAUAAUUUCCGUGUAUGGUCACGCCUAUUCCUCAGUUAUUCAGGUGGUAAUCUAAAUCCUGAGGAGGCAGAGUAUCAAUUUUGUUGCAAUAACUUAAAGCCCUAUGGUCAUUUCUUUCUUGCUUUAUUGCUCAAUCUAAUGAUUUAUCCUGUGAUAGCUCAUCAAUGGACCCCACAAUCUGAAUUCACUAUUAUUUCUGUUACAUUGACAUUAGUGACAUUACUCAAUUUUAUGUGGAAUAAUUCAUCGAAUUUUCCUGAUCUUUUAGCUCUCUUUAGUUUUGGCGUGCAUGUACUCGCAAAAUAUCCUUAUGAAACGGAUAUUGUUGUUGCGCAAGGUUGGAGAUUCCUCGAUAUACGAGUACCUACGUUUGCUUCCUAUGUUGUUGGUAAUGGCAUUGAAUUCUGCCUCAAUUUUCGUGUUGUUUUCUAUUUGUUGAUACCAGCGGUUUUUUGUAAAAUGGCUGCUAGAGAAAAUUGGCGUGGCACAUACAAAACUUUAAUUCCUCAUUGCGUCACCCUAAGCUGGUGGCAGAUAGCAAUAUUUAGUUCGCAAAGUGCGACAUGGUAUGGUUUAAUUAGGGGUGCUCUCGCAUUAGUCGGUAUGGUACUUUUUCUGCCAAUUGCUGGUUUAGCUUCUAUUAUUUUGCCAAUUAUAGCAGCUGCAAAGUAUUUAUCAGAAAGUGAUUUGGCAAUGAGAAUAAUUGUAACUGCCAUACUUGGAGGAUUACCAUUCGUUGCUUCUUGGUACAUGAGGAGAUUAAGAACUCCAAGAUUUAAUUGGAUCAUCACCGUUGUGCAGCUCGUUUUAGGCACAAGUGCUGCUAUAUUUUUAUCCUGGCAAGUGAUAACAGAAUAUAAAGAAGAUUCUGAUAACAAUUCCUACGAAAUUGCAGCCACAUUAUCGUGGGAGCAAUACCAAAAUCAUUGUCACCAACCUGCAUGGGAGGAUAUAUCAUCGAAGGCGCAAGUACAAAUUGAAUGUGCUCACUUAGAAGGCAUUCCAAUCUCAUGGGAGGGUUACGUAACAAAUGUUCGGUUAAAAUCGAUUAGAAACAAUAUUGGUACAAUAUUACGCAUGCUACCUGACAGUAUUAGAACUACGUUCAGCUGUACAUAUGGUGAACCGUAUAAAGAAAAUUGUGAUACGUACGACGAAAUACGUAGAAAGAAUUGUGAACAUUUUGUAAAUAUUCAAAAGAAAAGGCAUAAGUGUCAUUUUCCUGCAUGGGAUCAAUAUGAAUUUGAAAUUUUUGUCAAAAUGAAAAGUGGUAUAUGGAGAAGCAAUGCAGAAAUCGUGCUCAUUGCAGAUCACUCGUUUACCAAUUUUAGUUUAAGUAUAUAUCCACGCGAUAAAAUUUGGUUUUCUGGUACGUUAUCGAACACAGGUUUAGAAAAGGAAUCUUUGCUUGGUGGUGGGGAACCUCACAUUGAAUUAGAUGAGAUUAGUUGUUUAGCCUGUCAUUCUGCUGACCUCAAGUCUUUUAAACGACACAAAUAUCACAUAACAUUAACUUCAAUAGUGAAUAAUUUCUGGCUUGGCAUAAAGACUGUUCUUAAUUUUUUACUAAAUCCUAUUGUCUUAUUUAAGUAAUUCUAAUGCAUUCGUUACAGGAAAAAUAACUUGAUUCAAACUUUUUCAUUGAAGAAAGUUUGAAUCGUCACAUUUUUUCCUUUCGAAAAACUACAUGCUUAUACGAAUAUCGUACAAAUGUAUUUAAAAAGUGACAAACACUUUUUCGUUAAUACUUGGUACGAAAAUAACUUCACAAUGGUUAAUCUUUAUCUUAAAUAGAUCAUGAUAGUUGUGUCCCGAAUGGCAGAAAUAAUAUAAUUAAGCACAUACUUAAGCUGUAUUAUCAUGUUUUAUAUUACCUCAGUCAGUCAUUUUAAAUUCAUAUUUUAUUCUAAAAUAUCUAUUUUAUAAAAUCUGAAUAUGUAUGCGUACAUAUAUAUAUUUUAGGAAUAACAUUUAUCCAUAUGCUUUACUGCCAUUCAAAAUGGAGAAUAUGCUUAAUAUUUUUCUAUUACAUUUUCAGAAUAUGAAGAAAAUGAAAGUUUUGAAUUUAAUUUUGACAGAAAUAUAAAACCUAAUAAACGAUUUCAGUAAUAUUGUAUUGUAUCUUAGAUUAUAGAUACUGAAAUCUAAUUUAAUUAAAAUAAUUAAUAUUUAGGAAAUAUUUUAAUUUUUCCAAAAAAUAAUAAUAGCACACAUACAAAAAAUAGUAUAACUAAAUUAACAACUAUUACCUAUUGAUAUGUAAAAUGAUAACAGAUCAUAGAGAAACUAUGUAUCUAGAAUAGACAUCAAAUUAAUCGACGUAACGAUAAACUAUGACAACGUAUUAAUACAAUUAUAUAUAUAUCUAAAUAUUACAAAUACAUGGACAAAAAACCAAACACUGUAUCAAGACAGAAAGGAAACUUAAUGCUAUAUUGAUAUAAAUGUUCAAAAUCUCAAUGUAAGAUUCGAUAAGUAAUACAGAAACUACUAAGUCCAUAGAAAUAAUAAUACUACCAGAUGUAUCAUAUCAGAUAAUGAGGAUGAUGAAUAACAAAUAACAUAGUAAAAAGAUAUGAUAGAAUUAGAAGUGCCUUAAUAUUCUUUUGUUCAAAUAUUAAUUCAUUUAAAAAAAAAAAGAGUAAUAUUUUUAAGAAUAGUCAUAUGAUUUUUUUUAAAUAAUUAUUAAAGAACAUUUGAAUAAUAAAAAAAAAGGAAAAACUUGAUUUCCUGCAGUUGUUAAUAAAUUUAUUUUACAUUUGGCAACAGAUUAUGAUACAUUAUUCUUUAAACAUUUUUUUCCUUAACAAGGUAAUUAAUUGGUUUGGUUCUUUGUUUCUUUUUCUUUUUUAUCAAUUUUAUAUAAAAAAAAUUUUAUAAGAGAAAGAUACUCUAUAAUUAUUUCGCAUAGAUUAUUAGUGUUCGUUUCACUUAUGUACAAAUAUAAAAUCUACAUUAAUCAACUAUUUUGCUUACGCUUAAUCCGAAUAAAAAAAAAAGGAAAGAUAAUAUAAAAUAACAAAAAUCAUUUAUGUAAACUGAAAAUUGAAUGAAAAAGAUUACACCAUUAUUUAUCCAUUUAUAACAUACUGAACUAUUCAUUCUGUAUUACAAUCUUAAUGCAAUUCACUUGUUAUUUUGCAAGAAUAUAAAUUACAAAAAUACCAUGCAGUAUAAUUCAGGAUAUGAAUAUUUCAUAUGUUUCAAAGAAGUUUGUAUUCUAAUAAUAUCUGUAACAUUUUCUUAAGGUAUACUGUGAUAACAAAAAUGAAUGUACUCUUAAUCUGAUGAAAUUCUUACAGGCGCUUAAAAACAUUAUAAUGAUAUUGAAACAAUUUCGUAAUAUAUAAAGAUUAUCAAAGUCAAUCAGUGCAAUUUUCUUCAAAUGUGUAAUUCAGAAUUAUAAGAUUUUUUAUUGUUCUAAUUAAAUCAAAAGAAAUGAAUCUCUUAAAAAUUAAAGCAAUCAAUUGCUUACAUUAUUAAGCAAAAAUUUACAUUCUCUUGCAUCCUACUUUUUUAUUAUUUGAGCAUGUAUAUUUACUCAGGCAGUUGAGUAAUAUAUAUACAUACAUACAUACAUAUAUAUGUAUAUAUGUGUGUAUAUAUAUAUAUACACACACAUAUAUAUAUAUAUACAUACACACAUAUGUAUAUAUUUUUUUUCUCGAUUUAUAUUUUAUAUCUAAUAUUUACUUAUUAAAUUCAACUUAUAUAUACACUGAUUAACUUCUUAAUACUUUACAUAUAAUAAAAGUACUUAGGUCCGGUCCAGCACAAUUACUAUAUAGCUUGAUACAUUCACAAUUACAGUAUUAUAUAUCAUAUACAUAUAUGAAUUAUUUCACUUUUUUAUGUCAUGUUCUGACAUAUAUGUGAUUCUUUGUCUAGAAGUCUUUUUUCUGAGAAGAAAUUAUACUAUAUUAAUCGUGUUUAAAUCAAUUUUUAGCACGACCAGUCUCAUGAACACUUUAAAUAUUACACUACAAACAUUCCUGGUACAGGAAAAAUCCUGAGUAAAAGAAUCCAAAAUGAAUUGUUUGGUAAAUUGCCAUCCAUGGAAUAAAUCAAUAAAAGCGCUUUCGACUA